UAGCUGGCGAUGCUAGUGGUAGCACAUAAUUAUUCGGAUAAACAUAGAUGUGAACAAUUUAUUUUCUUUUUUUGUUUUUUAUUCAAAUUGGAACAUUUUAGUCCAAACAUUUUAUAAAAGAUAAACAUUAGAAUGUGGUGUUUUCAAGCAAAUAUUGCGUUACUUUUGACGCUCAGUCUUUUAUGCAAAUGUGAAAGGAUACCUAUAAGGUUGGGAGCUCCGGCACACUUAGUGAACGGCGACCAUAUUUCCCAGAAAUUUUUUGCUGCAGUGGAGAACGGGGAGCGGCAUAAAGCCAUUCUUCAAAGUACUUUGCAGAACUUUGUUGAAAAUCUUCAAAGAAAUUUGUCCACAUCUAACAUUCGCAACACGGCUGCUAAUGAAAUCGAGGAAGACAGUGAAAAGAUCAAAGUGCGACGCCUUUACGAUCUGGCAGACUAUUUUGAAUAUUCAUCGGAAAUGGCGAACUCGUUUGCAAUGGCUGCAGAAAAUUUUUUUGAAGUCACCAAGAAGGAAAGCAUCGCCUUAUUGCAGAAGCUACGCCAAAUUCCAUCGGCUCAACGAUACCUACCUACCGAUGUAAAAAUGCAUCUGACAGACUACUUUGCAGAAAUGGAAUAUUUUCAUGUCAUGUUCUCGGAAAUAGUAGAUGAAUCUCUAGAAUACGUUGGUAAUACUUUGCGUUCGAUUCAAAGCGUUUUUAUACACUUUGCCGAUAUACAACGAGAUUUGCUUAGAGAAUGGAACCUGCGGCUUGAAGGUUGGUGCUUCAGUGCCUAUGUGGAUUUUUUACAGCUAUGGUCAACUGAGAUUUUUAAGUGUGCAUCAACAAAGGAACUGAACAUUGCCUACGAUGUGUAUGCCACAACAGAAACGACUGCAAAACACAUCAUGCGCCAGCUGGAAUUCCGAAUUCAACGCCUAUACAAUUGUUUCAUUUUUGGCGGUUACCAAAUCAAAUGUAAAUUUUUACGAGAUCCCGAUGUUGACUUUGAACCAUUAUUCGCUAAGUUAGACGAGCUACAGCAAUAUUUGGAUAUAAAAAUCAAGAUGGGACGAAUAUCAUUAUAUCGCUCUCACCGUAACGCAGAUGAACUUGUAUCCACAAAAGUCCAAGAGCAAUGCAUACCUCUAGAUUUCCCCCAAAAACACAUGAUGGAAAGUCUAAACCAAUGUUAUGUUCCAAACUAAUAAUAGAAGUUACUAUUCAGUGCAGUGGAUUAUUUUCAUAGACUUUUGUGGCUUAUGUGAAAUGCUCAUACGGAAAAUCCCACUCAUCAUCAUAUAGCCUCUGAUUACUUUCUAUAAGUAUAUGAAAGAAAUUUGUGGCAUGAAUUUUUAUUUAAAAAAGUAAAUAAAUUACUAAAUAGCGAAA